AUAUCUCAAAGACCAAUGAACCGAUUUGGACGAAAUUUAAAAUAUUUAGUGUCCUCGAUGAGGACUACAGAAGCCUUAAAUUUUGAAUAAAUUCCUUGGAUCGUUUUGGACUUACGCAAUCCAAAAUUCGGCAUUUUUUAUCCUAGAUUUACAACCAGAGAAAAAAUUUAUUAUAAAUGUAGCAUGAAUAACGAAGCGUAAUGGAAUAGUAUAAAAUACUAGAUUCUAACUAAUUUUCAGCAAUUUAUUCUAUUCAUCUCGUAACAAUCUUCGGAAUUUUAAUGGAAUUGUUAUUCUUAUUACUUAGCAAACAAUAACAUUUAAUACAUUGUUUUUAGACAAAGAGUUAAGACGAACUUUGUCAUUCCGAACGUAUAAGAAUUUAUUACAGCAGUUCAUAAUUACGGAUAUAUAUAUAUAUAAAGACUGCUGAAGGAAAACCUCGGGGUAGCAAUAAUAAAAACAACAGUAAAAGACGUGCCAAGAAAAUUUCAAUUGCACUCUUUCCGAAGAUAUUUACCAGAGAGAAAAAAAUGUCGAAUUAUAUUAUAACGAAUUCAAAAGAACAUACGUCCGAAAAAUCUAAACACGAAAGCUGCUCAUCUUUUCCCGAAUUCUUCAACACACGUACACGUGGAAUGACAAAGGAAGACGAAUGUUGCUCAGGGAACACGAUUAAUAAAAUUGCAAAACCAAAAUUAAAUGUGCAAAUUGAAUCGAUGACACUAACGGACUGUUUUAGACGGAAAGAAGAAAUUAUUUGCAGAAACGCUAGACUUACAUAUGAAAGCACAGUUAAAGAAAAGGCUAUAUUUGGAACACAGGAAUUAGUUUGUUCCUUUGAUCACAAACAUGGACACUACAAGAACAAAGAAGAAAUAGAAAACAGAGUUGAAACACUACUUGAUCAAAAAACUGAUAAUACGUAUCCGUGUAAAGAAAUAAGUCAAAAAAUGAAAGAAGAACAUCAACCGUUUAGUUGCGAAAAGGACAAACAAAAGAAAGAAUAUGAUUUUUCAAAUGAUAUAAUAGCAGAAAUCGGAAAAUUUCUAUCGAUAGAAAAUGUUGAAAACACUCGCCACGAAAAUAAUACCGUUAAAAAUGAAAUUACUAAG